CAGAUGUUUCUCACCGUGUACCUCAGUGACAACGAGCAACACUUCACCGAGGUCCCCGUGACCCCCGAGACGAUGUGCAGAGACGUGGUGGAUCUGUGCAAAGAGCCCGGAGAGAGCGAGUGCCAUCUGGCCGAAGUGUGGUGUGGCUCUGAACGUCCAGUUGCUGAUAAUGAGCGGAUGUUUGAUGUUCUGCAGAGGUUUGGCGGUCAGAGGAGUGAAGUUCGUUUCUUCCUUCGUCAUGAACGGCCCCCUGGCAGGGACACAGUGAGUGGACCACGGUCUCAGGAUCCAAGUGUAAAGAGAAAUGGUGUGAAAGCCCCUGGUGAGCACCGAAGGAAGGAGAACGGGGUUCACAGCCCCAGGAUGGAUCUGACUCUUGCUGAGCUUCAGGAAAUGGCAUCUCGCCAGCAGCAGCAGAUCGAGGCCCAGCAGCAAAUGCUGGCUACGAAGGAACAGCGCUUAAAGUUUUUGAAACAGCAAGAUCAGCGUCAGCAGCAACAAGCUGCUGAGCAGGAGAAGCUCAAGAGGCUGAAGGAGAUGGCUGAGAACCAGGAGGCUAAGCUAAAGAAGGUGCGCGCCCUGAAGGGCCACGUGGAGCAGAAGAGGCUGAGCAAUGGCCGACUCGUGGAGGAGAUUGAGCAAAUGAACAGUUUGUUCCAGCAAAAGCAGAGGGAGCUCGUUCUGGCCGUGUCCAAAGUGGAGGGGCUGACCAGACAGCUGGAGAUGCUCAAGAACGGCAGGAUGGACGGCCGGCACGACAGCCGUUCCGCCGCGGCCGAGCUCGACCGGCUCUACAAGGAGCUGCAGUUACGGAACACGUUGAAUCAGGAGCAGAAUGCCAAGUUGCAGCAGCAGCGCGAGUGUCUGAAUCAGCGCAAUUCAGAGGUGGCAGCCAUGGACAAGCGAGUUAAUGAGCUGCGGGACCGGCUGUGGAAGAAGAAGGCGGCGCUGCAGCACAAGGAGAGCCUCCCGGUUUCAUCUGAUGGGAACCUGCCCCCGCAAGGGCUGCCGGCGCCCAGUCGCGUGGCCGCGGUGGGCCCCUACAUCCAGUCGUCCACGAUGCCCCGCGUCCCCUCGAGGCCCGAACUUGUGGUGAAGCCCGCUCUGCCGGACGGCUCCUUGGCCACGCAGGCUCCGGAAGGGCCGCUCAAAGUACACACGCUGCCCAACAUGCGAUCUGGGGCCACCUCCCAGACUAAAGGCUCUAAAAUCCAUCCACUCGGCCCCGACUGGAGCCCCCCAAGUGCAGACAUUUCCGCGAGCCAAGCCUCUGUGCCUGUGAGCUCAGGGGGUGCCCCGGACCAAGCUGAUGACGGAGAGGUUCCUCUGAGGGAGAAGGAGAAGAAAGUGCGCCCCUUUUCGAUGUUUGACACGGUGGACCAGUCUGCCGCCCCGUCCCCCUUUGGGGCUCUGAGGAAAAACCAGAGCAGUGAGGACAUCCUGCGGGAUGCGCAGGCCGCCAAUAAAAAUGUGGCUAAAGUACCACCUCCUGUUCCGUCAAAACCAAAACAGAUUAAUUUGCCAUAUUUUGGGCAAACAAGUCAGUCAGCAUCAGACAUGAAGCCAGAAGGAAACCGUCAGCAGUCGUCGGCAGCUGUUGCGUCCGUGGGAAACAGGCUGAAAACGCAGCAGCAGAGGGUCGUGGUGUCCCCCGGCGCACCCUCGGCUGGCCAGGCCCUGUCUCCAGCUGGGAAGCAGGAGAGCCCCCCCGCCGCCGCCGUCCGGCCCUUCACUCCUCAGCCUUCCAAAGACACCCCUCUCCCACCCUUCCGAAAACCCCAGACCGUGGCAGCAAGCUCCAUAUACUCCAUGUAUACACAGCAUCAGGCUCCCGGAAAAAACUUGCAGCAGACCGUGCAGAGCACGCUGACCAAGACACAUUCCAGAGGGCCGCACUUCUCGACCGUAUAUGGCAAGCCUGUGAUUGCCGCAGCCCAGAGCCAGCAGCAGCACCCGGAGAACGUGUACUCCAGCGGCCAGAGCAAGCCCGGCAGUCCUGAGCCUGACGCGGAGCCCGUGUCCUCAGGCCAGGAGAGCCAUGAGAACGAACGAAUUCCUCGGCCACUCAGCCCGACCAAACUGCUGCCCUUCUUGUCCAACCCCUACCGAAACCAGAGCGACGCCGACCUGGAAGCCUUGCGGAAAAAACUGUCCAACGCGCCACGGCCGCUCAAGAAACGGAGCUCGAUCACGGAGCCAGAGGGUCCGAAUGGGCCAAAUAUCCAGAAACUUCUGUACCAGAGGACCACCAUCGCUGCCAUGGAGACCAUCUCUGUCCCUUCAUAUCCGUCCAAGCCGACGUCAGUGGCGGCUGACACUGAAAGCCCCGUAGAAAUCCAGAAUCCGUAUUUACACGUGGAGCCAGAGAAGGAGGCGGUCUCUCUGGUUCCUGAGCCAGUGUCCCCAGAGGACGUGGGGAGCGCCAGUUCCGAGAACAGUGACACGCCAGCCCUCUCCCCUGGCCUCGAUUAUGUGCCCGAAGGAGUCCCAGACAGCAGCCCAGACUUCCAGAACAGUGUAGAAGAACCAAGUGCAGAGGCACCCCAUCUGUUGGAAGUGUACCUGGAGGAGUACCCCCCGUACCCGCCCCCGCCAUACCCAUCUGGGGAGCCAGAAGGGCCAGGAGAAGACUCGGGCAGCAUGCGUCCACCCGAAAUCACGGGGCAGGUGUCCCUGCCUCCUGGCAAAAGGACAAACUUGCGUAAAACUGGUUCGGAACGGAUCGCCCACGGGAUGAGGGUGAAGUUCAACCCCCUUGCUUUGCUUCUAGAUUCGUCUUUGGAGGGAGAAUUUGACCUUGUACAGAGAAUUAUUUAUGAGGUUGAUGACCCGAGCCUGCCCAAUGACGAGGGCAUCACGGCUCUGCACAACGCUGUGUGUGCAGGCCACACGGAAAUCGUUAAGUUCCUGGUGCAGUUUGGUGUGAACGUCAAUGCUGCAGACAGUGACGGAUGGACCCCGCUGCACUGCGCGGCCUCCUGCAACAAUGUGCAGGUGUGUAAGUUCCUGGUGGAGUCCGGAGCCGCCGUGUUCGCCACGACCUACAGCGACCUGCAGACCGCCGCAGACAAGUGUGAGGAGAUGGAGGAGGGCUACAGCCAAUGCUCACAGUUCCUUUACGGGGUUCAGGAGAAAAUGGGCAUCAUGAACAAAGGAGUCCUUUAUGCGCUCUGGGAUUAUGAGCCUCAGAAUGGUGACGAGCUGCCCAUGCGAGAAGGGGACUGCAUGACCGUCAUCCGCCGGGAGGACGAGGAGGAGACCGAGUGGUGGUGGGCGCGCCUGCACGACCAGGAGGGCUACGUGCCGCGCAACCUGCUGGGGCUCUACCCAAGAAUUAAACCAAGGCAAAGGAGCUUGGCCUGAAACUUUACAGAAUUUUAGUGUCUGAGUAAUUAAUCUUUGUUAUCACUAAGAAGAAAUAAUGUGCUUGUUUUUGGCAAAAAUUUCACAAGACUGACUUUAAUGACAACGUAACUUGAGAGCAAUGCAGAAUGUCUUCUGGAAGAAAAUGAAGGAUUGGAGAAUUUGCUAUCCGUGGGGGACGUUCAGCGUGAUGGACUGCAGCUUAGAAGUAAGCUGAUCACACUGUUGGGGAACGGUGUUUACGGAGCACUCGGGAAGAUGAAAAGUGACUGUCCUGGUUUGCUCCAGAAAUAGGGCCAUUCGUUGGGCUCCUGGGAAGUUGGCUUCAUGUCCUGUCUAGUUGGUGUUUGUCCGCACCUCCCCUGCCCCAGCCAGAAAGGACCAAUGCCACCGUGGCGGAACCUCUGCCUGUCCCCCCUCAGGUCCCAGGGGACCCAGGGGACUCAGGUGCCCCGCGCACGAAUGUUGUUGGUGAAGAACUAACUGUUGGUCGGUUGUCAGCAAUCCCUUUAUGAUAGGAGCUCUUCAGAAUUACACAUAUGUUUGAGAUACUGGAACCAAGCUGUAGCACAGCUAAUUAGAUUUAGAACCUUGUUUUUAGGAUGAAUUUAAA